AUGUUGGAUAUUAGGACAGGAUAUCGAAGCUUGGACUCUCAAGGCGGGUGGUUGAGUGAUUGCGUUUCCGUGUUGCAAAUGUCAACAUCAGGUUUCCUUUCAGGUUUUCAGCGUCUUCCUAAACUCGUUGUUUUUGAUCUUGACUUCACGCUGUGGCCGUUAUGGUGUGACACCCAUGUAUCACCUCCAUUUGUGCGAAAAAAUAAUGUAGUAUAUGAUUCAUAUGAGAGUCGAGUUGAUGUCUAUCCAGAUUCGGAUAAAAUACUUCGUGUCAUCAAAGCGUCAACUACAAUGAAACUGGCUUGUGCUUCACGUACUGCUGCAAUCAGAGUGGCUGAACAACUCUUACAAAUUCUGGGCUGGUCAGAUCUAUUUGAUUAUAAGGCAAUAUAUCCUGGUUGCAAAAUUACCCAUUUUAAAAGAUUUCAUAAAUUGUCUGGUAUAGAGUAUGCAGAUAUGGUGUUUUUGAUGAUGAAGAACGUAAUAUCAACGAUAUCAGUCGAUUAG